AUGAACUUACAAUCAUAGAUUAUUAUAUUCAAUCUCCUUUUUCUUGAAACAAUAGCAUACUACUUAUCUGUUUCAUAAUCAACUCCAACCAUUACACUAAAUAAUCAAACCAUUUCAUAAUUUAAUUCAACAUUCAAAUACAACACAACCAUAUAAAUAGAAGGAGAAUUCUUCUAAUUUCUUAUUGUAGAAUUUCAGUAAACCUCAAAUGAUAAAUCAAAAGUAGCUCUUUUAUUUAAUCAAAAAUUUCCUACAUUUGAGAUCAAUAAAACCUUAUAAUUCAAAGAUAUGGAUUAUGACAGGUAUUAAUUCAAUAUAUUUACUUAAGCUUUGCACUAAAUAAAUAAAACCAUUAUCUCUUGAUUAAUAACAUGAUUCCUUAUAAAUUUAUUACAAUUCUCAGUAAUAUUACAAUUACUUUUGAUUUAAUGUUAACAGGUACUAAUACAUCAAAAUGUUUAAAUAAUUGCAAUAAUAAUGGGAAAUGUAUUAAAGGAAGAUGCUACUGUAUUUCUAAUUUUAUAGGAAAAGACUGUUCAUAUAAAGCAACAGAAUUAGAAAUUUAGACUUGGAAAAAUUAAACUUUAUCAAAUUAAGUAACAUUUUUUUAUUAUCAAUAAAAGGAAAACUCAAAGGAACUAAAUUUAACAUUUUAUGUAAACUUUCGAAAUAUUUUUAUAGACUGAUAGCUAAAAAAAUAUAAGUGUUUUAGAAAUCAUUUCUUCUUUUAUCUCUUUACCUACUUAGAGGUUUUAUGAUUUCUAAGGAAAAUUUAAUAAGACCAUGCCUCUUUCUCAAGUAAUUAGUUCAAAAGGAUUUAAAGAUUAUGAUGAUGAUGAUUUUUUGGGUGAAGACACAGAUGAUGACAAUGAAGAUAUAUAAACAGGAACUUAUAAAUAUGAGAAUAAUUUACCUGUUAGAUUAAUAAUUGCAGUUUUUUGUGAAAUCCCUAAUACUUCAUUAUAAAUAUCAUUUAAGUAGAUAUAGAAAAAAGAUCGUCAAACUUUAUUAGAAUGGUUAAUUCCUACAAUUAUAGCCACAAUAAUAAUUCUAACUGGAAUUAUCAUUUUAGUGUGGCGUUCAUAUAAAAAAAAAAAAGAAUCUUAAAAUCCUUUUACAUAAGUAUAAUCAGUAUCUGAUGAUGAAAUUUGUCAUAUUUGUUAAACAAAUCUUUAGAAAAAAAAAAAUAAAAUUGUUACAUUAAAAUCUUGUUAAUAAAAUCAUAAUUUCCACUAAAAAUGUCUAUCUCAAUUUUAUAAUAAUGAAUCUAACUAAUUUUUGUGUCCAAAAUGUCCAUAAAUAAUUUCGAAUUAGUGA